GAGACACCCGAAACACUCGUCAAUCUCAGUAUUUUUUCAGCAACGUGUAAAUGACAUUUUAGAAUGCUGUCAACUCAAUCAGUCAAAACAAAAAUAUCGUAAAAUUUUAGUUCAGUAGAAAUUUGUUUUAAAAUGUUAAAUCUUCCUAGAUAUUCACCAAAAUAGACCGCACACAAACCUUCCCCACAAACCGCCGCCGAAGCAGGAGCCCCAGCAAGCUUCGCCGGAACUCGACGACCAUGGCGGUGGGACGGUACGCCCAUCUGCACAAGCGGAACUGCGUCGGAAUGUUGCCCACGUUCUGUGCGUUCCUGGCGGGCGUGCUGUUGACUAUUCUGAUCGGCGGAACCGGCCAACGGUGUGAGCCGAGCGGGAGGGUUUACGAGGUGGAGAAUUCGUACUUUUUGAUGCUGCUGAUUGUGAGUGCCCCGGGGAAUGUGGAGCGGAGGAACGCGAUACGGGAGAGCUAUUUGAACUUGCGUCCACGGAUGUUGAACGAGAGUUACGAGGACGAGGUGAUUCACGUGCCGACGUACGACGAGCGGGGGUUGGUGGUGUUGGAGACGGUUCUGCAGCAGCGGGAAUCGCUGGAGGCUUAUCAGUUGUGGCGACAGAAGAAGAUUAAGAAUAUAAAGGUGAUAAACUUUAAGGUAAAGACGCUGUUUGCGGUUGGGACGUUUGGUUUAUCGAGGGCUGAGCGAAAGGUGAUAUACGAGGAACAGCGAGUUUACAACGACAUGUUGGAGCUGGACGAUCUGCAGGAUUCGUACGCCAAUUUGACGACGAAGGUUGUCCAGAGUAUGGCUCACGUGGACAAGGUGUACGACUUCAAGUAUCUGAUGAAGCUGGACGACGACACGUACGUCAAGUUGGACCUGCUAUCCGAAGAUCUGCUGGGUUACUACGAGAAGCUGCACCGACUGCGGGCGAAACAUCCGAAACCGCUGGAACUGUACUGGGGCUACUUCAAGGGAGCGGCCACAAUCCAGCAGCGCGGCCAGUGGAAGGAGUCAAACUACAAACUGUGCGAUCGCUAUCUUCCGUAUGCCCUCGGCGGCGGUUACGUCCUCUCCAAGAACCUCGUGUCCUACAUCGCAACUUACGGCACCGUCCUGAGCGACUACAAAAGCGAAGACAUGGCCGUCGGAACGUGGCUCGCGCCCUUCGGCAACGUCCACCGCCGGCACGACGUCCGCUUCGACACGGCCUGGAUGGCGCGCAAGUGCCAGGACUACCACCUGGUUCUGCACAAACGAACCGCCCGCCAGAUGAAACAAAUUUACGAAGGAGAACCUUGUCAGGACGAGGAACAUCAACAGCAGCAGCGACCGAAAGAGUACUUUUACGACUGGAACGCCCCACCGACGCAGUGCUGCAAGGUUGCGGUUUAGCGCAC